AUGAGUUAAAUUUAUGAUCUUAUAUUUAACUUUUGGUGGUAAUGGGAAUAAAAGGCAAUCUCGCUUAUUACAACAAAAUAUAAUUAAUUCAUUUAUUUUAUGGAGGAAGAAUAAUAAAUCUUGAAAUAUGGAGAUAAUAUUAUUCUUAGAUGCAUGGUGGAUAAUAAGAUCUAUUAUUUGCUCGCAAGAAACGAACAGUACCUCAUGGAAACAAAGCUUUAAUUAGGUAAUUCUUGCACAUUUAACAUGUACAAUUUCCCUUAACACAUGGUGUUCACAGUAUUCCCCAAACUUUUAUACGAAGCUCAAAAAAAAUACAAUUCAGACAAGUCCAUUGGAGCCUCCUUUGAUGUUUAGAAACAACUUCUGUACACGAGAAUGGAAACCGAGAAAAAAUAUAAUCAAAAUCUGUUGAAACAAACCAGAGGGUAAAAAAUAAUGUACGGAGACACAAUAAUGCUCUAUUAACCAUUGAGUUAAGUCUUUUUACUAAGAGCAGAGAACAAUAAUUCAAAUUCAAAUAUCGGAACAAUUUUGAGUUCUUCAAUGUACUUCACAGUUCAACCUGAUCCCUUGGCGUUAGACAUUAAAUAGGGAUGUCCAGUACACUCUUUCGACCAAUUCCUUCUAGUUCAAAGUGACACAAUUUUAAAAUUUGACACCUUACAAGAAAUUUACCGCCUGCCUGAAGUAGUGAAAUCUUAGAAUCUUGAUCACAAUAACGAAUUUCUAACUAUCCCAGCCAUGAUUGAGAAUCAAUACUAAUUCAAGUUUUACAAGGCUCAAUACAAGCAAUUCACAACCGAUUCAAAAGAGUCCAUCAGCCACAACACCCUUCAAGCAAUUGUGUUGAAAUAAGACAAAGACAAAAAUCAUUUGUUCUUUGGUUAGUAUGUACGCAUCGUCCACAUGCAAUAGAAGAUAAAGAAAGAAAGAUAGGAAUCAAGGAAAAGAUCAAUCAAGGUUGAGGAAGCAUAAGAAAACCAAAUUAAUAAAGGUUACUUGACAUCAUCGAUUAAUGCAGUUGGAUGCUACCCGUCAGUUUAUCUAUAGAUUAAUGACAUCUAGAAUUCUGAUUCAAUAGAGAGGGCAGCCUCAAUCUUCUAGAUCUUGCCAGAAAAUGACCAAAAGUAUAGUGAUGAAAUUUAAUUCUCUGUUGGAAAUAAGCCCAAUUUGGUAGGCUACACUACUUUCUUGCUUCGACACAUGUUAACAGGGGAAUUCUUAAGAGUCAAUCCUUUCGAUAAUAAGCUGCAAUUAUCAAAAGAUGUUAUCUAUAAGUAUCGAUAAAUCAAUACUACGUCAUCAAAAAAACUAGAGACUAGUAAAUAAAAUGAACCAAAGUCUACUGUGUAAAAGAAUCUGCCAGGUAUCAAAUUAUAUAGAAAUCUAAUUACUCAAUCAAAUAACGUCAAUUAAAAUAAUUUUAAUAAUAUUCAAACCCAAUAGGACGAACGUAUUGCAACUCAAUACUAAUAAACUCAAGGAAAUAUGGAAGAACCUGAAUCAGGAUCAUGUUUGUCUGAUCAUCAAUUGCUAUUUGUAACUAAGCUGGGCAAUAAUCCUAUAUUCUAUAAAGAUUAGUUGCCAUUUACAAAUGAUACAACAUUUAAUAUUGCAACGAGAGAUGGAAAAUGUCCAAUUGAAGUCGACAAUUAGGAAGAGGGUGGGUAUUAAGUUAAAUUAAUUACAAAGUUAGGGAUGUUUAAUCAAUAUGGAGAGGAUAAUUUAGAGUAAACUUUGUAUAGAUAAUAGCACGAUGAAUGGAUUACUUUGAUCCCUGAUUUAGAUUCAUUCGUAAAAAAGAAUAAAUAUCAAUUAUCAUCAUAAGAAAAGGAAGUUCUUGAGUUUAUCGAAAGUGAAAAGAAGAGUCAAGCCAAAAACAAAGUUGAUAUGAGACAUUAUAAAUCUGAUGAUGAAACCUUCAAACCUACUUUUAUUAAUUUGAAUCCUCUCAAUACUAAAUAUUUGGAUGUAUUAGCCAAUGAGGAAUUUUCAGGUUCCAAUUUUAAAUUUGAAGUUGUAGACUAAAGUGAAAUAGAGGAAUUGAGUGAAGUCUUAGAUUUAAUGUUCCCACUCACAGUUUUAGCUAAAAACUCAAUCCAACUAUCCACCUUAAAAUUCAAAUUCAGCAAUCUUAAAUUCAAAGACUCCAAAGAAUCCAAAGAUCUUGCUUCCCAAUUCCUCAGGUGCCAAGCCUAAACCGUGUAAAAUGUCAAUCAAGCAGUCAAGUCACUGUUCAAGAUCAUGUUAUGGUUAACCGCCUCUCAAGAAGCCUUAGCCUAAGAAAACUUAAUCUCUGAACCUUUGGCAAGAAGGCAAUGUAUAGCCAGAGAAAUUGGUUGCAUAGACUAUGUCAAUAAGAUAAUCUACGAAUUAAAUAUCAAUGGGUUAUUAUACGAAGAUAAAGAUUCUAUCAAGUAGGAUGAGGAAAUGUUUCAAUAGGAUAUCAAUCAACUAAUUGAUUUACUUUCCUCGUUUUUGUAAUUGGUUUGUAAGAAUUCAAAUGAUAACUCCUUAUAUGUCGUAUAAUGGUAUUGUCUUUAUAAGCACAUACUUCUGAAAGGAUAAGUAAAUGAUUUGAUGAGAUUAGACAUCUUGAUUACUUAAUUGUUCUAGUAGUCUGACGUUAUGGUUUCGUUUGAAUUUGAAGUAACUCAAUUAUCUAAGGAAACCAAAUAUACAAACUACAACAAACAUGCCUUUAAUUUAUUAAUUGCCUUCUGUCUUUUCACUGAGUUCAGAAAAAAGGAGGGCAUCGAAGGAAUAAUUGAUCAUAUCUUCAAGCAAAAUAAGGAUUCCAUAUUUGCCCAACUCAUAUUUGACGGCAAUAUUCAAUCGAUUUUGAGGGAAAAGAUCUAGGAUUUUUAGAAAACCAUAAGACAAUCCAUGGAUUCUGGUCUUCCUAUUUCAAGUCCGAUAAUGAUAGAUGGCUUGAAUUUUACAAAUAGAUUAGCAUUGCAUGAUUACAUCAUUUCUUGUGUGAGGUUGGCUUCGGAAAUUUCUAAGUCCUCCCCUGCUUUGACUCUUAAGGAAAUCAAGCACUUAUUCCCCUUCUAUACGGUAGCCAAGAUAAUCCAAGAUAAUAGCAUUUCAUCAUUAACCAAAUCGUACUUUUUGGAGUUAUUCCAGAAUUCAUAUAUGGCCAAACACUUAAACCCUUUGCCAAGAGCUUAAUUCCCUUAGUAUUUAAAAAUGGUUGUCAAAUAGAACAAAGGGAAAGGAUUCUUAUCCAUGUUUAAAAAAGAGGAGUACGACAUCAUUCUCUACACAUUUGCAUAGAAGAAGAUUGCUGAUGUCUUUUAAAAGGUAGCCAAAAAAUAUUUGGUGGAAAGCGAUACAACAGUUGAUUUUUGGUUAUUUUUAUCAGAUUUCAUCACAAACUUCUGGAAAAGCAAAUCCAUAUAUGAAAUAAAAGGCACUGAUCACAUCUAUAUCAAACAAUUGAUUUUAACAUUCACAGAGUUCUUAAAAAAAGGACUAUUCAUUGAGUAUCUUAACAAUGCUCACAAUUUUUAUAAUAUGUAUCACAAAUUCAUUGAAUUCCUCAAGAACUCUGUUGUUUCAGCUACUCUGGAGGAGAAGUACAUCAAACAUCAAUUGUAGGACAACAAAAAGUCAAAAGAACAGAAACCUUUAGAAGUGAAGGAUUAUUUGUUUGAGAGUUCAGUGGCAUAAAGGGCAGUGUCUAGAACGACUUAUGCAAAGAGUAUGAUUUGGCUUGAUGAAUUAAUUGAGAUACUAAUUCUGUUAGAGUAAUUCUAGCAAUCCAGAAUGGCAGACCAAUUUAUUAUCACAGAUGACAACUAAACAAUGUUCGAUGAUCUCCAAUACUUAUAGAAGUUCGCCAAGGAUAAAAAGUAUGCAGACGUCGUUUAAAGAUUGAGAUAAGCCAAACGAGCAAGUUAUCAUACAAGAGGAUAGCAAUCACAAAGUCAACUCAAUCAAAAGGAUAUAUUCACAACUCAAGAAUUGACAACAAUAUUGAGAGAGUGUUCUUAUGCUCGUAAGACUGUGAUCUUAGAAUAUUUAGGAGGUAUAAAAUAAACUGAUAUAUCGUUGGUGUACUUUUUGAUUGAAUUGCUUACAUUGAAUCAAAUAAGACUGUCAGCCAAAGUGACUGAAUUAUUGUGGCUGAUCUACUCAUCAAGAAGUAACUUUCUUUAAACGUUGAAUUAAACUAUUUUAAUUGAGGCAUUUGAUUAAGGAGAGUUGCAAUUAUAAGUAAAUUAGAACAUAUUUACAGACUUUUCAAAUAUUUAUUGGAAACUGCAUUUUGCAAUCAUAGAUUUAAAAGAAUCCUUAGAAAAAGACUCUAACAAACACUAUGAAACUAUUAAUGAUGCCUUAUCAGAUAUGCUAGUGAUAUUCUUCCCUGAUUAUGCUGCAAAAUCUGAUAUGCAAAUGUUCAUGGAGAUUAAUUAGUUGGAAAAUGAGGAGAAGCAUUAUUAGGCACAAGAAGAGAAGAUGGUUAAGAGCAAAAUAAAAUAAGAAGUAGCAGUCUUAGAAUAAUUUGUAUCAAGGGCAGAACUUGAUCUAAUAGAUGUCUCAGCACAGAGUCCAAUGAGGGAUAAAUAGGAAGAACAAUUAUAAUCACUGAAAUCGGCCACAAUCGAUCAAUAAUAAAAGUAUGUUUGGAAAAUCAAUAACUCAUUAUCAAUCGAUGUGUUGACCAUAUAUUAUAGAUAAAAGUUAUUGAGAUACUUGGGAUUUCAUGAUUUGAUGUAUAAAUUGAUUGAAAACCUGAUAUAAGAAACAAGUACCCUAUUUAGAGAGAAGNUCCAUAUAUGAAAUAAAAGGCACUGAUCACAUCUAUAUCAAACAAUUGAUUUUAACAUUCACAGAGUUCUUAAAAAAAGGACUAUUCAUUGAGUAUCUUAACAAUGCUCACAAUUUUUAUAAUAUGUAUCACAAAUUCAUUGAAUUCCUCAAGAACUCUGUUGUUUCAGCUACUCUGGAGGAGAAGUACAUCAAACAUCAAUUGUAGGACAACAAAAAGUCAAAAGAACAGAAACCUUUAGAAGUGAAGGAUUAUUUGUUUGAGAGUUCAGUGGCAUAAAGGGCAGUGUCUAGAACGACUUAUGCAAAGAGUAUGAUUUGGCUUGAUGAAUUAAUUGAGAUACUAAUUCUGUUAGAGUAAUUCUAGCAAUCCAGAAUGGCAGACCAAUUUAUUAUCACAGAUGACAACUAAACAAUGUUCGAUGAUCUCCAAUACUUAUAGAAGUUCGCCAAGGAUAAAAAGUAUGCAGACGUCGUUUAAAGAUUGAGAUAAGCCAAACGAGCAAGUUAUCAUACAAGAGGAUAGCAAUCACAAAGUCAACUCAAUCAAAAGGAUAUAUUCACAACUCAAGAAUUGACAACAAUAUUGAGAGAGUGUUCUUAUGCUCGUAAGACUGUGAUCUUAGAAUAUUUAGGAGGUAUAAAAUAAACUGAUAUAUCGUUGGUGUACUUUUUGAUUGAAUUGCUUACAUUGAAUCAAAUAAGACUGUCAGCCAAAGUGACUGAAUUAUUGUGGCUGAUCUACUCAUCAAGAAGUAACUUUCUUUAAACGUUGAAUUAAACUAUUUUAAUUGAGGCAUUUGAUUAAGGAGAGUUGCAAUUAUAAGUAAAUUAGAACAUAUUUACAGACUUUUCAAAUAUUUAUUGGAAACUGCAUUUUGCAAUCAUAGAUUUAAAAGAAUCCUUAGAAAAAGACUCUAACAAACACUAUGAAACUAUUAAUGAUGCCUUAUCAGAUAUGCUAGUGAUAUUCUUCCCUGAUUAUGCUGCAAAAUCUGAUAUGCAAAUGUUCAUGGAGAUUAAUUAGUUGGAAAAUGAGGAGAAGCAUUAUUAGGCACAAGAAGAGAAGAUGGUUAAGAGCAAAAUAAAAUAAGAAGUAGCAGUCUUAGAAUAAUUUGUAUCAAGGGCAGAACUUGAUCUAAUAGAUGUCUCAGCACAGAGUCCAAUGAGGGAUAAAUAGGAAGAACAAUUAUAAUCACUGAAAUCGGCCACAAUCGAUCAAUAAUAAAAGUAUGUUUGGAAAAUCAAUAACUCAUUAUCAAUCGAUGUGUUGACCAUAUAUUAUAGAUAAAAGUUAUUGAGAUACUUGGGAUUUCAUGAUUUGAUGUAUAAAUUGAUUGAAAACCUGAUAUAAGAAACAAGUACCCUAUUUAGAGAGAAGGAUGUUCUAGUAAGUAAUGCAAAUAAGAAAGGAUGGGAGAUUAAGAGCGACAUCUUAGAAAAGAGCAUUCUAUUCUUGAUUUAUUUUGUUAUUAGAAAUGAAGAAAACCAAGAGAUGAUACUCAAUUUAAGCAAGAAGAAGGAUUCGUUUCUACAUGAAAUGUCUAAUGUAAAGAGAAAGCAAUUGUAGACUUUAAUUUAUAUUUUGUUUGCUGAAUUGUUUAAAGACAAUUACAACAUUUUAUUCUCAUUAGAUAAGUACAACGAUGAAAAUUCAAUAUUGGCAAAAUUGUUCGGUAUUUUUGGUAACAAUUUUGCAAAUAAAAAUUAUGAAGCAGCUAUUUAUUUCCUUUAAUUUUUAUAAAUCCUUUUGAAAGUGAAAGAGAGUGAAGUUGUGUAAAAUUAUUCUGUGAUUAUACAAUUGUUUUAAUCAACCAAACAAUUAGCCACAUUUGCCAAAGAUAUUGCUACUUUGAUCCAUACUAUUUAUCUCUUACGAUUGGAGUAAUUCUUUACUGGCAGUCAUGCACCUCCACCUCAAACACCCAAUAAUUAACAAAGGCAUGCAUAAUUUAAUGGGUUCAUUGAAAUGCCGUUAGAGGUGCUAUUCAUGACUGAACUACUCAGAUUAAUGAGAAUUAUUUGUUCCAAAAGAUCAGUUCUAAUCAAUGAAUUCGUCAAUAAACUCUUCCCAGUUACAAGAGUAGCUGAAAUGUUGAAGCAAUUGGACGAAUGGUACCCUUUGAAAUCAGAGCUAAUCCUCUAUUUUUAGAGUGUGUUUUUGGAUAAUUUACAAUUCUUAACUUUUGAAGAGAAACAAGAAGUUGUUAAAACCAUAACUGAAGUGAUCUUCAAAUAAAUGACAUUGAGUUUUAUUGAGAAUUAGAAUCUUAAGAAAAUGGCAAAUGCAAAAUUAGUAAAUAACAUUGUAUUCAAUAUUUUUGGAAUAAGAAAUUAGUACACUUGUUAAGAAUUCAUUAUGUCGAUAUCUCAUGAGAAAGCAAGUUAUAUCUAUGUGAUAUUUGGAGUCUUGGAAGUGACUGAAAACUUUGUGAAGAAGGUGUUCCCAAAAUAUUUUUCGAGUGAGGAACAGGAGCAUUUUGAAGAUGUUUAGAAUGAAAUUAUUUUUAUGGCCUAAACUAUAAAUGAGACAGUUCAAAAAGUAAAAGAGUACAUUAAUGAUGUUCCUAAUGGAGGCACAGGUGGGAAGAUGAAAAAUUCGAAUUAUAAGAGAAGAAGUGGGCAAAAAACAACUAAAUUGUUUAAUCUAACACAUAAAUUGCUAUCUAGUAACUAGGAUGAGUAGAAUCAAGAAUUAAGUAUUUUGGCUAAAGAAGAUAAUGAAAUCGAUAAAAUCAAUAUAAUUAUGAUAGUUAAAACAAUAGACUCGGUCAAACUCUCAGAGGUUGCCUUUUAAUUGUAAAGGAAUGAUAUGCAAUAAGCAGAAUAAGGAAUUCUUAAUAAAUGGACAAAUUCCAUAAAAUCCUAGAGAACAAAACUAGUAGAUGAACAUCUUGUGGCUUCAGAGAGGGAAAAUGAAAUUUAAUAGUUAGUGAAUUUAAUUAUUACUUUAAAACGAGAUGAUACUACAAAAUUUAAGAGGAUGGUGACUGCCCUUAUUUAAAUGUUAUCUGAAACUUCAGUAUCCCCCUCUAUCAAAUUGAAAUCUAUCAAUAUCGUGAGAAAACUAUCGAAUUAUAAAGAAGACUUUCAAGUGACCAAGUCGAUUCUUAAAGAUUUGGGUGAACUUGGAUUCACAGAUUUUCUAUGCGAUUUAAUCAAACAAGAGGUGGAUUCUGAAUAAAAGCUCGAAUACAUUAAGGCCUUUGUAGAUUACAUUGAUGAUUCAUCGAGAGAAAUCUAGAACUCCUUUUUAUUAUAUCUACAAAGGGAUCUUUAGAACACAUUUAUAAGAAAUUUGUAAAACUUCAUAACAGAUAUGUUCUAAGAUGUCAGAAUGGCAGAGAUAUCGAGAAUAGAGAGGAAUAAUAAGAAUAUUAAUAAGAUAUUGAAUAAUAAGAUAAAUGGUUGCAUUUUGAUAUUUGAAAUGUUUCGUCUAGGUUGUGAAGAUCAUUUUAGUGACAUGUAAAACUUUUUGAGGAUUCAACCUAAUAGUAAAUAGCCAAUAAACUUUAUUAUGUUUACAGCUGAAUUAUUCGAGAAAUACGUUGAAAAAAUGAAUGAACAUAACGCAGCUCUAGGUUAAAAAAUACUUGAUUUUUUAAUCGAAUGUGUUUAAGGUCCUUGUCUUGAGAAUUAAACUGAGCUCUGUUAAUCUACUAAAAUUUUGGAGGUUCUUGAAUAAAUUAUCAUUCAACAAAGAGUGGAUAACGAUAAGUUCUAAAGAAGAGAUAUUGUAUUUUCAAGUUUGAGAAGUAAGGUGUUCUUACUCUAAUUAUCCUUAAUGGAAGGCAAUAGCGAUUAAGAAAUUGCGAAUAAGAUAUCUCAAUAUUUCAACCCUCAGAUACUCUUUGAGAGAAUAUAAUUAGUGUACUGGAAGAUUAUCAAAAAGAUAAGAAAUACAUAAAUGCAAAUAAAUUUAGAAUUGAAAGUAUUGGAUCGCGUGAAGACUGAAGCGGAAGAAUCUGUAAAUCUGCAUGGAAUCAUACAGACCAAGGAUACUAAGGAGACUUUGCCUAAUUAAAAUUUAUUCAUGGAAUUCUUUUCAGAGAAUUUUAAUAGUUCUCGUGGUCCAUCGCAUCACAAAGACUCACAAUAAACUUUAGUAAAUGCUAUACAGGAAGAAGAGAUGGAGGAAAUGGUUGGCGAAACCUUUAUGAUGUAUCUAUUACUCAAGAAACUCAGCAACUACAUUCCUCAAAUCAAAAACCUAACUGAUGGGGAAAACAAUCCUAAAUUGAGAAGAGCUCUGAAUUACUACAAAAAUGAGACUGCCUCCAUUGAAAUCGUGAAUAUGAAUGGCAAAUUAGAGAAAAUAUACUUUUAGGUUCCCACUCUAAUGAAGUAUUUGACAGAGGAAACCAAACGUUAAUUCAUGGAAGAAGUAGAAAGAGAUUCUAUCAAUGAUAAGAUCAACGGGUUGUUAGAUAACAUGGAUAACUUUUAUAUGGAAAUGGUGCAUUUUAUGAGGUUACGAAAAAUCGGAAUUAGAUUUAACAAUAAUUUUAUUGUUUAUCUCAGAAACGUCUGCAUCAUUUUGGCUCUCCUGUUGAACAUCCUAAUCACCAUAAAUGACACUGAAGAAAAACUGGCCAACCUUGCCAAAGCCAUAGCUAUUGUGAAUUGCAUUUUGUAUGGGUUGAUUAUGCUCACCUGGGUAUUCAUCAGAAUGCAAUUGGAGUACGAUCGAAUCUACAAAUAGGUGUCAGAUUUGAUCUAAUUAAAUUACAAUAAGAAAUCGAAUCAAGGAUAGACUUAAUAGGUCAAUCCAAAGACAGUCAUCUAUCCUUUCUAAAUUACGUUAUUGCAAGCAUUCUUAAUAAUAAAACGAAUGCUAUUUAGUAGUUAUACUUUUUAUUGGUUUUUAUUGCUAGUCAUCAAUUUGUUGGGGUUGUUGUAUAAUAAAUUAUUUUAUGGAUUUCUACUGUUGGACAUCAUAGAUCAUUCGCAAGUGUUAAGAAAUGUUAUCAAAAGUAUUUCACUCAAUUACAAACAACUUUUGAUGACAGCCCUAUUGGGAGUCUUGAUCAUGUAUUUCAAUAUUGUAUUUAUUUAGGUACUUGUACUCCUUGGUCGCAUACUAAAGCACUGAUUUCAAAUAAUAAUUAAAAGAUGGCAAUGACAAUAAUGGAAAUGACGAAGGAACGGACCCUUUAGACUAGACAGUCUGUUAUUCUGCAUUUUAGUGUCUUGUGUAUGUAAUUCACUAAGGUUUACGAGCAGGCGGAGGAAUAGGAGAUGCUCUUGAAGCUCCUCCCACUCAUUCGAACUUAAACUAUUAUUCAUAGAGAGUUCUUUAUGAUGUGAGUUUUUUCAUUCUCAUUAAUAUCAUUUGGCUGAAUAUCAUCUUUGGUAUCAUUAUUGAUACCUUUGCUGAAUUGAGAGAUUAGAAGAAUCAAAAAGGUAUUUAUAUUAUUGUACUAUUCAAGAUUUCGAUUCUCAAAACAGAUGUUAUAUUUGUGACUUAACAAGAACUGUAUUUGAAAAAGAAGGUAUAUCUUUCGACAAUCACGUUCAAAAAUAUCAUAACCCUUGGAACUAUUUGGCUUAUUUGUUAUACUUAAAAGUGAAGCAGAAAACUGAGCAUACAGGCACAGAAUCAUAUGUCUCUAGUAAAUUCCUGCAAAACGAUAUAAGUUGGUUGCCCAUUUAAAAGGCACUUGAUUUAGAAUUAAUUGCAGAACAAUAGUAAAAAUAAACAAUUAAUAUCAACAUCGAUGAACACAAUUAAAAAUCGCUCCAUUGA